AUGUUCAACUCCCUAGUGUGGUUUUCACUUUCGUUGAUAAGUCUGGCGGCGGCUCAAGGAUCACGUGCCUAUCUACCGCCGACCAUGGAGCCCAUUGUAACCAAACAGUUCUAUAGUAUAUCACCAGCCGAAGAUCCCGAGGAUUUGGAGCCAAGGACGAAGCAUUUAGUCAUCGGACAGCCGCGCAGGAAUUACCGGGUGAUUUUCAUUAGGGCUCCCGGGGGAAACAGCGAUCAAGUGAAGUAUACGGCGGAGCUGGCGCCCCAGGAGGAGCGAACCGUGAUCUAUGUGCUCACGCGGAAGCAAGCGGAACUGGAGGCCACGGAUAUUACGGAGGCGAAACCGCAGGUCGAACAGAAGCCGGAUGUGUUCUUCAUCAAGUACAAGACCAACGACGAGGCUGCCGCGGCCCAAAGGGAAAUCCAAACGCAGUACGAUCAACUGGGCGGAAAUACGGAAAUCUCAGCGCCCUAUGUGGCACCCGUAAAAUCGGUAAUUGGGGCCCUGAACGGCCCUCCACACCCAGCAGCAGCUUCCCCUUACCAAGCCCAAUCGCCGGGCUACCACUACGACAGACCCAGCAGCACAAUUUUGGCGCCAGUGGAACGAUCCCACUUAAAAACGCCGAUUAUAUCCGCCAAUCGUUGA